AUGAAUGCCAUGGACUAUAGAGGGUUUCGCAUGCAGGUGUUCGGCCCUGCCCGCUUCUUCGCCAGCCACGCCUGGACUUACAAGUUCGGUGCGCUUGUGUCCAUGCUGGAUAACCACUACUGCCAGCUGCCGGGUACCAAGGGCGGGGCCAAGUUCAUCCCUUGGUUCUAUUGGGUGGAUAUCUUGGCGGUGACGCAGCACUUCACGGGAGAUAUCAAGGACCACCCGGACUACGACUUUGCGGCUACAUCACCCAGCUACAGCGACAUCACCCAGCUACAGCGACAUCACCCAGCUACAGCUACACCACCCAGCUACAGCUACACCACCCAGCUACAGCGACAUCACCCAGCUACAGCUACACCACCCAGCUACAGCGACAUCACCCAGCUACAGCUACACCACCCAGCUACAGCGACAUCACCCAGCUACAGCUACACCACCCAGCUACAGCGACAUCACCCAGCUACAGCUACAUCACCCAGCUACAGCUACAUCACCCAGCUACAGCUACAUCACCCAGCUACAGCUACACCACCCAGCUACAGCUACAUCACCCAGCUACAGCUACAUCACCCAGCUACAGCUACAUCACCCAGCUACAGCUACAUCACCCAGCUACAGCGACAUCACCCAGCUACAACUACACCACCCAGCUACAGCGACAUCACCCAGCUACAGCGACAUCACCCAGCUACAGCUACACCACCCAGCUACAGCGACAUCACCCAGCUACAGCUACAUCACCCAGCUACAGCUACAUCACCCAGCUACAGCUACAUCACCCAGCUACAGCUACACCACCCAGCUACAGCGACAUCACCCAGCUACAGCUACAUCACCCAGCUACAGCUACACCACCCAGCUACAGCGACAUCACCCAGCUACAGCGACAUCACCCAGCUACAACUACACCACCCAGCUACAGCGACAUCACCCAGCUACAGCGACAUCACCCAGCUACAGCUACAUCACCCAGCUACAGCUACAUCACCCAGCUACAGCUACACCACCCAGCUACAGCGACAUCACCCAGCUACAGCUACAUCACCCAGCUACAGCUACAUCACCCAGCUACAGCUACAUCACCCAGCUACAGCUACAUCACUUUCCUUUAGCUGCUCCCACAAGGAUUUACUCUCCGCCCCCAUCCAACCAACCAACCAUCCAACUAACCGAAACGACUCCACAGGCGUCAUCAAGCAGUGCAAGGCGGUGCUGUUCACGAUGCACCCCUGGCGCAGCCCCAUCGCCCCCACCCGCGUGUGGUGCUUGUUUGAGGCCCUCACCGCCAUUCAGGCACCAGGUGUGGAGUUUGAGGUGGUGGUGGACGUCAAGGACAGCAAAGACACGAGGGUUCAGACGGUGCAGAUUAUUAGCAAUAGCAUUGAAGUCCGUACAGCCCAGGCCACGGUGUCCGCGGAUAAGGCCUUCAUCAUCGAGUGUAUUGAAAAGGGCAUCGGGAUCACCGCCUUCAACAACACCAUUCGAAAGCGGCUCAAAGAGGCGCUCCUCCAAGCUGUCACUCCUAACGCGGUGGAGAUGGGGGACACGCCCGCGCUGCACGAGCUGCUCAAGAUCGGCGGCUGCGUCCGUCCCGACGGUAUCUCCGACCUGGCCGCCUACUUCAAAUUUGCCAGCGAGACCGACAUGCUCAACAUCAUGCGCACCAUCCAGAUUCGGGACCUCCGGCCCCGGGGGCUGGCGCUGUCGGGGCGGCAGCGCACCAAGGAGGUGGCGCUGGCGGAUGCCGGACUGCGGGGCUGGGACGGGGAGUCUUGCAGCCUCCGGGAGUACACUGAGACGGAGACUGGUCGCACGUUGUGGAGCUACCUGCCGGCGUCCCCCGCGCUGUGCCACAUGCUCAACUCGGCAUUGCAAGCCACGAGGACGUUGGAGGCAUUGCAGAUUGUCAAGUGUACGGCACCCAGCAGCGGUGACUCCGCUGCCACCGCCAAACUGAACGCGGAGCUGUUCGCCAUGGGCCUGGGUUGCGGCAACCUGCGGCACCUGCAUGUACGACCCGGCGACCUGCUGUACAUGGAGUCAUUCCCCGCGUCGGCACUGGCGCGUGCCAGCUCGUCCUUUCUGUUGCGGAGAGUAACGCUCGCACCAGUGGCUCUAGGCCCCACUGCCAUCCGUCAGCUGGGUAAGGCCCUGGCCCCGCAGCCCUACCUGCACAGCCUGCUGGUGGGCAUGGACCCCGCGCCCCCCGCCACAUGGAUGCCACGGGAGCAGACGGAGUGGGACCAGUGGCUCGCGCACGAGGACCGAAGCGAGCCCGACAUGGCGGAACGACGCAGGAAGCACCUAGGGCUCGCGGAGGAUGACCAGGCCGCCUACCUGGCCAACGCCUGGGACUUCAAGGACGAGCUGUCCGCCCUGCCUGAUCCCGACCGGGGGUACAUUGCGGUGCAGCAGCGGGCAGCGUGCAUAUCCUUCUUCGUGACCAUGUCGGCGGGGUGGAGGGAUGUGGCGACGUACUGCAGGCAGUACGGCAAAUGGAACUGGGCACGCAGGACACAGCCGGAGGAGCAGCUGGUGUGUGGUGGGGCAGCGCCGGAGACCUACUCGUCAAAGUUUGACCCUAACGAACAAAAGCGAAGAUCCGCAAAGUCAAGGUUGCAGAAAGCAUUUUGGGAGACCUUCAUUUGAGCGAUGCGAUGCGAGGAGGAGGAGGAGGAGGGGGAGCGAGAGGGGCCAGAACGCCGCAACCAUGGCCGCUGCCGCUCCUACUGCCGCUGUAAUACGCGGUCAUUUCGUCGUACACUACAUGUCGUGCCAACCUGCCGUACGGGCGGCGCAAAACGGAUGAAGACGCCGGGGGGGGAGGGCAGUUGCAGAAGGGAGGAGGGGACCGCCAGGGUCUCUUUGGUCAGGUGUUGUUGAGUGUUGAGCUUUGGAUUUGCUUUUGGAUCUGGAUCCGACUGGUUGCCGAAUGUGUAUGUAUGUGCGUGUAUGUGUGUAUAUAGGGGUGUGUGUGUGUCUGAAGAGCGGCGCAUGGCGCUGGUGGUGUGGGUGUUGUGUGCGGGCGAGCGGAUACAAGGCCCACAGGGCUGCUCGUCGGGCGAUUCAUCCUCGAUUGACUAAUCAAAUGAUCGAAUGACCGUCGUGCGGUGACUGCCGAGUCGCCGCCAUUACUACCGCAAGAUCGUACAUGCUGUACAUUCAGUACACAUAACGCGGAUUAUUUGCAUCACAAGUGUACGACAUGACAGGAGCAUCUGUGUUUCGAGGGUUUGACGUAACUGUGAUACUGCGAUGUGAUAUACCUCGGGAGGUGCUUCGUGAUGUGGUGAAAGCCAAUUCUAU